GGUAAGUAGCGGAGGCUCUCCUGUUUGUUUAAAAACAUCGCAUCCUGACCCUUCAGAUCUCAUACUCGAUUCAUCAUGGCUACUGCACUUAAAGACUCGAUUCUAGUUCCAGCUCCGGUGCUUAAGGGUGCUUCUGCAGCUCGACCCACUACCGCCAACUCUCAACCUAGAAAAAAGAAGAAUAUGAUUGCCCCUGAUCAGUUGAAUCAUCUCCUCGAUAGUUUUCGUCAAGUUUGUAGCGGGGAAUCCGGGGAUUUCGCCCUCAGGUAUGAGUUUUCUGGGAUUCGGCGGGUCGAGUACGAAGAAUUAGAGCGUUUCAUCGACGAGACUUGUAAUUUCGGUUUAAAACCAAGAUUGACGUACUUCAACGACGACACUCUGAUCAUCGAAAUGCCUUCGGCAGUACACGAAGCUCCUCUGGUUGCUCUGCAUACAGCACUCACGUGUUUCCUGCAGAGCAUUCCCUUUGACCGUCAAGCAAUCAAUGCAAACGUUAUGACUAAUAUACAUGCAUCGGAUUCACUUGUCGGCGGCGCUAAGGUUAUCACCUACGGCCUUGCAGAGACGGCACGCAUCAUCGAAAAUCCUUCCUUAUCACUGGCAAUCGCCAUUGUAAUUUUCGAAAACCAACCCUAUCGUUCGCCAAAUAGUGACUCAGAUACGGCACGUAGUCUAUUACGGGAGCCGUCGAAACGUGCAGCAGAAGACUUCGUUUCCAUGGCAGGCUGCCACCCGGCCUUGAACGCAUCGGUCAUUGUAGAGAACCAUGUAUGGUGCUCGAUAUCAUCGGUUUGGUUCAAGGUUUGGGUGCGUGGGGAUGAUCCCAUAGACAUCUUCUCAAACGAUUUAACUCUGGUUGCGGAUGGGGUAAUACUAUCAUUCCCGGUAAUAUGUACACGGUUGCUGAUAUGCAAAACUUUAUAACACUUCAACAUCGUGCUCAACUGGUGUCGAAAAAAUUCAGGUGUAUGCAGAGUACCUAGAAAUGAUGUUUUGUACAAGUAGAAUAAAAAUUUCUUGGAUGUU